CAUGGAGCAAAAAACCGACAAAACCGAGGGAAACUUGAAUCCAAACCUGAGUUAGUCCUGUGUGGCACUUAUGUAAUAUUGUAAUGUACUCUUUCUUCAAAGUGCUAAAAAGUAAAAAACCUCGGCAUCAACAAAAGCUCCAUUCUUUUUCUUCAGGUGGGCUUCUCUCUCUCUCUCUCUACCCCCCAAAAAAAACCUCCAUUGAAGGGAUUGCAAUCAUCAGUGUAUGAAGAUGGCCAAUCCCGACGAGAAGAUCCUCAGCUUCAACGACGUUGUCCUAAGAAGAUCGGAUCUUGACAUACUGAGCGGCCCACAUUUCUUGAAUGAUCGUAUCAUCGAGUUCUACCUGAGCUACCUAUCCACCGUCCAUCCCUCACCAGCCAUUCUCCUCGUCCCUCCCUCCGUCUCCUUCUGGAUCUCGAACUGCCCCGACACAGAGUCCCUCAAAGAGUUCUUGGAACCCCUCAAAUUACCCGACAGGAAUCUCGUGAUCUUCCCUGUAAACGACAACACCCAUGUGGGUUUAGCUGAAGGUGGAACUCACUGGAGCUCCCUCGUGUUCUACAGAGGUGCCAACACGUUUUUCCAUCACGACAGUAACAGGGGUUCGAACAAACAGUUUGCGAGACAGCUCUACAAGGUUGUUGCACCAUUCUUGUCCGGAGAGGAUGCAAUGUUCCGAGAAUUUUCCGCCGAGACGCCUCAGCAGAGCAAUGGGUACGACUGUGGAAUCUUCGUUCUUGCAGUGGCUCGGAUUAUUUGCCAGUGGUUCGAGACCGCAGGAACGAAAAACCGGGAUGAACUUUGGUUAUCUGAUGUGAAGGAGAUCGUACCGGGUUUGGUUACUCAUUUGAGAGAAGAGGUACUUGUGCUCAUCACAAGGUUUAUGGCCGAGAAAGAGACGAGGUAGAGCCAUCCCCAUUGAUGCUAAACUUGGGGAAUUCCCGGUUUAAUGGUUAACCGGGACUCGCCUUUGAAAUUGAAUUCCAUCGGUUUAGUCAAACCAACCGAUUUCUUCAUGCUACUUGGACUUGUAUUGUGUGACCGGUAAAACAGCAUACUUAGGAAGUGAAAUCUUAUCAUACAUUUGUUUUUCGGUAAA